AUGUUGAUUCCACCAUACUGUUACCAUGUUGAUUUCACCAUUCUGGUACUGUGUGUUGAUUCCGCCAUUCUGGUUGUCUGUUUUGAUUCCAACAUUCCGUUACUGUGUGUUGAUCCGACCAUUCUGUUACUGUGUUUUGAUUCCACCAUUUUGGUACUAUGUGUUGAUACUACCAUUCUGGUACUGUGUGUUGAUUCGACCAUUCUGGUACUGUGUGUUGAUUCUACCAUUUUGGUACUGUGUGUUGAUUCCACCAUUCUGGUUCUCUGUGUUGAUACAACCAUUCUGAUACUGUGUGUUGAUUUCACCACUCUGGUACUGUGUGUUGAUUCCACCAUUCUAGUACUGUGUGUUGAUUCCACCAUUCUAGUAUUGUGUGUUGAUUCUACCAUUUUGGUACUGUGUGUUGAUUCCACCAUUCUGGUUCUCUGUGUUGAUUCCAUCAUUCUGAUACUGUGUGUUGAUACAACCAUUCUGUUGCCAUGUUAA